UAUAGUGUAAGAAGGAGGUUUUGCUGUAGUUGUGUCUUUUUAACAUUUAGUGUUGUUGCAAUUAAUACAGUGGUUUAUUUGAUGUACCAGUAUUUUCAUUAAUUAAAAAGAUAAGAAGUUCUCCACUAUUUUAAGUUUUUAUUAGGUGGAAUACGUUACAAUGGAUGACAAAGAAGUUGUUACUAAUGUAAGAAGGACACGUUCUGGAAAAGUUGUAUCAACUCCACCAAGUAAAGCAGCUUCAAAACCUGCUACACGGAGAACACGAAAGAAGGUUGUCCUUAUGGAAGUUGAAGUAUCAGACGAUGAAGAAGAGACUGUAAGAGAUGAAAAAACUGAGUCUGAAAGUAAGGAGGAAUGUGCUGAAGACAAAGAUGAAAAAGAAUUGGAGGAAAAACUGUUGGAAACCCCUGAGGAAAGUGAGGAGUCACUGGAAAAUAAAAGUAACGUGAACAGCUCUUCUAAGGAGACCGAGCAAGAAAGUGAAAAAAAUUCAGAAUUAAAUGGUGGCAAAAACAAUGGUGAAAUUAUUAAAGAGAAUGAUGAUAAUAUAACUUUUAUUUUAAAUGAUGUUGACAUGCUGGAAACACCAGAAGUAGAUAAUGAAACAUCCGAAAAAGAAAAGAUAGACAUUUCAGAAGACACAGUAAUGGAAAUAGAUGAAGAAAAAAGUAAUCCAUUGGUUGAGGAACAGAAUGAUGUAGUUAAAGACAAAACAGACUCUUCUAAUGAAGAUGAUGCAGAUGAUUCAACAAAACUUAAUUUGGAGUCAAUAAGUACAGAAACUGAAAAAGUGGAAACUGAAAAAGUGCAAAUUAAAGUAUCUGAUGUAGAACAGAGCAAAACCUCGGAUGAGGCAAUGGAAAGCGAUGACAAAAUAACAUUACUGGAUGAAGAUUUUUAUGAUUCUGAGAAACAUAGCGAUGAAGUAGAAGAAACUGCGGCUCAAGGACAAAAUAAAGAACAGUGUGAUAAAAAAUCUGAGGAGCAGAGUAAAAUUUCUCAAAAAACGGAAGAUAAAGAUACAGAUGCUAUGGAAGUCAAGGAAAUAUUUGAUGCUUUGGAAGAUAAAUCAAAAGAUCAGGAAGAAAGCAUUUUAGACACGGAAGAAGAAAAUGAGGACACCAUUAAAGAUAAAAAGGAAAAGGAUGGCAAACAGAAUGGAGAUCCAGAUGCAGAAAAUAUAUCAGAAGAUGAAUUGCCAGGAGUACCUGUUGUUAAAGUUCCUGAGGCAGAAGAAGUCUCUGAUGAAGAAUUGCCUGGUCCCAAAAGAGCCGAAUUGCCAGCAGAUACGGAAGUUGUCUCUGAAGAUGAAUUACCAUCUGUAAAAAAUGAAUCUAAGAAAGAGGGAGUUAAACGGAAAUUAGAUGAAGGUGAUUACGACCCGGGCUCUCCUACUUCAGAAAAUGAGGUACCGACAAAAAAACCCUCUCUUGAAUCAGUUGCUGAAAAAGAAAAAGAAGAGAAACCCGCUAAACCAAAAAAAUUGCCAGAGCUAGAUAAAUAUUGGAAAGCCGUUAAUGAUGAUCCAACAGACUUUACUGGGUGGACGUACCUGUUGCAAUAUGUCGACCAGGAGAACGAUAUGGAGGCAGCUCGAGAAGCGUACGAUGCAUUUUUGUCCCACUAUCCAUAUUGCUACGGUUACUGGAGGAAAUACGCGGAUUAUGAGAAGCGCAAGGGGAACAAAAAGAAAUGCGAGGAGGUAUUCGAGCGAGGGUUGAAAGCGAUUCCGCUGUCUGUUGACCUUUGGAUCCACUACCUUACUUACGUAAAAACGUCUAGACCCGAUGAUGAGGAUUACGUUAGGUCGCAGUUCGAAAGGGCCCUCUCCGCGUGCGGUUUGGAAUUCAGAUCGGACCGGUUGUGGGAUUCCUACAUCAAAUGGGAAACGGAAGCUAAACGGUUGCAGAGGGUCACAGCCAUCUACGACAGACUAUUGGCCACUCCCACCCAAGGUUACACCACACAUUUCGAUAAUUUUCAAGAACAUAUUUCCUCAAAUCCACCGAACAAGGUGGUGGAAGUCGAUGAGUUUCUGGCACUUCGCAAAGAGGUAAGACACAUGUUAAAGCAUGAUGUCACGACAGACGCGAAUACAGAUAAUUCAGAUGCCCCACCUGGCGACGAGGACCAAUCCAAGGUUAUCAGUUCAGACGAGGAAACUAAAUCCAUAAGAGAGAGAAUAGUCUCUAUCAGAAGAAAAAUUCACAAGUCCACUGUAAAUGCUGUCACAGCACGGUGGAACUAUGAAGAAGGGAUUAAGAGACCAUAUUUUCAUGUUAAGCCCCUGGAAAGAUGUCAACUCAAGAACUGGCAGGAUUAUUUAGACUAUGAGACGGAGCAGGGCGAUAGGGUUAGAAUUAUUGUCUUAUUUGAAAGAUGUCUCAUCGCGUGUGCUUUAUAUGAGGAAUUUUGGAUGAAGUUUGUGCAUUAUCUUGAGGGUUUAAAGGAUCCUGAACUGCAGGCCAAAAUCAGGGAUGUUUAUGAACGAGCUUGCACUAUUCACCAUUUAAAGAAGCCCAAUUUGCAUCUGCAGUGGGCCAUGUUUGAGGAAAGCGUGGACAACUGGAACAGGGCGGCCGAAAUCCUUGUAAAUUUAGAAAAAUCCGUUCCGAACGUACUUCAAAUCGCUUACCGAAGGAUCAACUUAGAACGACGCAGAGGUGAAAACGAGAAGUGCAUGCAACUUUACGAACACUACAUUAACAAUUCCAAAAACAAAAUGAUAUCCAGCAAUAUAGCCAUUAAAUAUUCCAGAUUUUGCCUUAGAGUACUGAAAGAUCUAGAAAAGGCCCAGGAAGUACUAAAGACCGCCAUUACUAAGGAUCCAAAUAAUCCUAGACUGUACCUGCAACUCAUAGAUCUUACGUUACAGAAGGAGAACGUAGGUGAAGCUGAAAUAAUAGAGAUAAUUGAUUCAUUUUUGGACAAGGAAUCAACAGAUUCGGAACAAAAAGUAUUGUUUGCUCAGAGGAAAUUGGAGUACUUAGAAGACUUCGGAACGGACAUCCAAUCGGUACAAACUGCUUAUGAUCAAUAUCAAAAGUUCAUCAAACAGAAUAAGGAGAACAUGAAGAAGAAGGAACCAAAGAGUGAUGUACCAUCAACUAAUAAAAAGGAUAAAAGCACAGUACAGUCUUCAUCGCAGUCCAGCUCCUAUGGAAGUUACGGCAAUUAUGGGACUUCUUCCAACCAGGCUUCUUACCCUUAUUCUGGAUCUCAACAAGGUCAGUACAAUUAUUCGCAGUACGGCCAGGGCGAUCAGUACCAGUAUCAAAAUUGGCAAUAUCCCCAAGGAGGAUACGGGGGUUAUAAUCAAUGGGGUGGCUACAGUGGCGGUUACGGUUAUUAGAUUGCUCCGCUUGCCACUAACAUUUUUAUUUUAAGACAUUUGGAAUAGAAUUAAUUGUAAUGUGUUUGUCAGGAGGAUGUCGGUUAAUUCGAAAAUUUAUGUUGUACUUGAGUGGAUGGAAACAAGUAUUUUUCAUAUUAUCCAUUUUUGUAAUUAUUUUCGUCAUUAGUUUUAAACAAUUUGAUGUAAUUAGUUUAAUAGAAUAAAAGUAAGUACA